CCGGAGCAAGUGAUGAAGCUGAGGGGAGGAUCAGUGCUCGGGAAGAAGAAGAUUCUGAAGAGCGACCACUUUCCUGGCUGCCAGAACAAACAAUUGUCUCAAAUCGAUGGCGCUCCCAACUACCGUCAUGCCGAAUCUUUACAUGUUCAUGGCGCUGCAAUUCCUACCAUGGAGAAAGGCAGUCAGAAUGCAGCCGUUUUGGAGAAGAGGUUGGAAAGUAUUCCUGCGAUGGUUCAGGGAGUAUGGUCUGAUGAUUCUGCUUUACAAUUAGAGGCAACUACUCAGUUUAGAAAGCUAUUAUCAAUUGAGCACAACCCUCCAAUUGAUGAAAUUAUUAAGGCAGGCGUGGUGCCUCGGUUUGUUGACUUUCUUGGAAGGAAUGAAGUGCCUCAAUUGCAAUCAGAUUAA